AUGACGAUGAUGAUGAUAAAUAUUAUAAAUUCAAAAGAUAAAGAAACAAGAGACAAGAUUAGAAACUUUAUUGGUGGAGCAGCUUCUGGUGUCGCUUGUACGGUGGCAGGUCAUCCAUUUGAUACUUUAAAGGUGCGUAUGCAAACAGAGGGUUCGACUGGUAGAUUCAGAGGUCUUACACAUUGCUUGCAAACCACUAUCAAACAAGAGGGUUUCUUGGCACUCUACAAGGGUGCCACGCCACCAAUGGUUGGUAUGGGUAUCAUCAAUUCUUGUAUGUUUGGAACACUUCAAAUUGUCAAGGGUUACAUUCAUCCAAACACCUCUACACCACUCUCCUUGCCCGAGGUAAUGGUAUCUGGUGCCAUCACAGGUUGGGUUGUCAGUUUCGUGGCCUGUCCAAUCGAAACUGUAAAGUCAAAGCUUCAAGUACAAUACCAAGGUGUCCAAUUAUACAGUGGACCAAUCGAUUGUAUUAAAAAGGUUGUCAAAAAGGAAGGUAUUCAAGGUUUAUAUCGUGCUUUAAUUCCAACUGGUUUCCAAAGAAAUUCAUUGUGGGCCUAUUUUGGAGGAUAUGAAUUAGCAAAUAGACAUUUAAAGGAUGAAAAUGGUAAAAUGACAGCUGCCAAAUCAUUUUUGGCUGGUGGUAUUGCAGGUACUGGUUUUUGGUGUACCAAUUUCCCAUUUGAUGUCAUUCGUUCACGUAUCAUGACCAUGCCAGACGAGACACCAAGACGUUACAGUGGCAUGGUUGAUUGUGCCAGAAAGAUUUAUGCUGUCGAAGGAUGGAAAGGAUUCUGGAAAGGAUUUACUCCAUGUCUUCUUCGUACUUUUCCAGCCAACGGUUGUACAUUUUUAGCUUAUGAAUUUGUAAUGAAAGUUUUAAUUCCACCAACUGAUUAA